AUGAAGUCUGCGUACCUGAUCUUCCUUGCGUCUCUGACGGUGUGCAACCUCACCGUGAACCACGGCCAGGGCAUCCCCGGCGAGGAUGACCCGGGAGAGCGCCCGACUCUGAACGACAUCUUACAGCACGCGGAGAGCCUUCUUCUUCGGUCCAUUCUCAAAAAAAUAGAGACCGAAGACAGCGUAGACGAAUCUCUAUCAUCGCAGCCGGAGUGGGUCGAAAAGAGGCAGCAUCCGGGGAAAAGACAGCACCCCGGAAAGCGCGAGGAAGACGACUAUGAAGAUUACGCAGAUCUUCAGAAAAGACAACAUCCCGGGAAGCGCGAGGACGAAACGAACGCGUUCACUGAAGUUCACAAAAGGCAGCACCCCGGAAAGCGUUUGGUGUUUGAGCAGAUAACGGAAAAUCCAAUCACCCAGAACGCGCUCUUCGGCGAGCUCGCCAAAAGGCAGCACCCGGGAAAACGGUACUUGACGAUGUUCAGCAAACGGCAACAUCCCGGCAAACGCGAAGAUAACGACAGUGAGUUGGGCACAGACGACCUGUUGGAUAUGGAAAAACGACAGCAUCCGGGGAAAAGAUACUGGGAUGAUUCAAACCCAGAAUUAGAGCCCAACUGGAGUCCAUGCGACGUAACGGACCCAGCGAACUGUAACAAAGCCAGUCUUUUACUUGAGUUGUUAGAUAACGUGACCAAAAGUCGCGUUGAGGAGAAGAGGCAACAUCCAGGGAAAAGGUUAGUUGUAGACGACGAUUUAACGGAACAGGAAUAG